AUGUUCCGGCCUCUUCUACGCAGCAGUCCUCGACUUACAGCAUUGCGCAAUCACAUUGCCCCUCCUCUCGUGAAUCGAUACACCCUAUUCCACACCAUGUCCGUCCCAAAAACAAUGAAGGCCGUAGUGGUUGAGCAGACCGGUGGCCCCGAAGUGCUGCAGCUCACAACCUCGCACCCAGUCCCUACCCCCAAAGCAGGAGAGCUGCUAGUGCGCAACAACAUCUCCGGCGUCAACUUUAUCGACACCUACUUCCGAACAGGUCUAUACCCCGCACCCAAGCCCGAGAUCUUGGGUCGUGAGGGCGCCGGUAUUGUUGCUGCUAUUGGGCCCGAGACUUCAGGGUUCCAGGUCGGUGAUCGUGUCGCGUGGAUGGCCACUGGUGGCUAUGCGGAGUACACCGCUGUACCGGCGGCCAAGUCUGUCAAGAUCCCAGAGGGGAUCAGUGACGAAGAUGUCAUGGCGUCUUUCCUGAGCGGAUUGACCGUACUUGCUUUUGUUAAGGAGACUUACCCCGUCCAAAAGGGCGAUUGGGUUCUUUUCCAUGCUGCGGCAGGUGGUGCAGGCUUCCUUGCUGUUCAGAUAUUGAAGGCACUGGGCGCCAAGGUCAUUGGUACCGCUGGCGGCGCAGAGAAGUGUGCGCUGGUUAAAAGCCUCGGUGCUGAUGUGGUGAUUGACUACCGCAGCGAGGAGGGUAAGGACUGGGUUAAACAUGUCAAGGAAGCUACUGGUGGUCGUGGCGUCGAUGUUGUCUACGACUCGGUUGGCCAGGAUACCUGGGAGGGAAGCUUGGAAGCUGUCAAGCGCAAGGGUACUAUUGUCUGGUUUGGCAAUGCUAGCGGGCCUGUGCCCCCGCUUCCUCUUCCCAAACUCUCCCCCAAGUGUGUCAAGAUCGCUCGCCCGACCCUGUUCGGAUACAUUGAGACCCGGGAGGAGUUUGAGUACUACACUAACGAGCUGUUCAACCUGUUGAAGUCGGGUCAGCUCAAGACUAAAAUCCACAAGGUCUAUCCGUUGGAGGAUAUUGCUCAGGUGCACAAGGACCUCGAGGGACGCAAGACCAUGGGAAAGCCACUUCUGAGGCCUUGA